AAUCACCGCUGGUGGGAAAGGAAGCUCCGCACCCACAGGCCGGCAAGGACUAGCACACACUGCUGAACGGAAGCAGAGAGAAUUCACAGAGGAAAAAUGGCCAUGGACCUGAUCCCAAGGUUUUCCAUGGAAACCUGGCUUCUCCUGGCUACCAGCCUGGUCCUCCUCUAUCUAUAUGGGACCUCCACACAUGGACUUUUUAAGAAGCUGGGAAUUCCUGGGCCAAAACCUCUGCCUUUUGUGGGAAAUAUUCUGGACUACUGUGAGGGCUUUUGGAAUGUUGACAAGAAAUGUUUUAAGAAAUAUGGAAGAUUCUGGGGGUUUUAUGAUGGACGACAGCCUGUGUUGGCUAUCACAGAUCUGGACAUGAUCAAAACAAUACUAGUGAAAGAAUGUUAUUCUGUCUUCACAAACCGACGGUUUCUUGGUCCAGUGGGAUUUAUGAAAAAUUCCGUCUCUAUGUCUGACGAUGAAGAAUGGAAAAGAAUACGAACAUUGCUGUCUCCAACCUUCACCAGUGGAAAGAUCAAAGAGAUGUUCCCCAUCAUUGGCCAGUAUGGAGAUAUGUUGGUGAGGAACCUGAGGAAGGAGGCAGAGAAAGGCAAACCUAUCAACUUUAAAGACAUCUUUGGGGCCUACAGCAUGGAUGUGAUUACCAGCACAUCGUUCGGCGUGAACAUCGAUUCUCUCAACAACCCACAGGAUCCCUUCGUGGAAAAUGCCAAGAAGCUCUUCAGAUUUGAGUUCUUUGACCCACUUUUGUUCUUAAUAUUAUUCUUUCCAUUCCUUACCCCGGUUUUUGAUAUAUUCAAUAUCUCUGUGUUUCCGAAGAGUGUUACCGAUUUUUUUACAAAAUCUGUAAAAAGGAUGAAAGAAAGCCGUGUCAAAGAUGAACAAAAGCACCGAGUGGAUUUUCUCCAACUGAUGAUUGACUCCCAGAAUUCUAAAGAAACAGACACCCAUAAACCUCUGUCUGAUCUGGAGCUUGUGGCCCAGUCUAUGACCUUUCUUUUUGCUGGCUAUGAGACCACUAGCACUGCUCUUUCCUUUUUGGCUUAUGAAUUGGCCACUCACCCUGAUGUCCAGCAGAAACUACAGGAGGAGAUUGAUUCGACUUUCCCCAAGAAGGCACCACCUACUUACGAUGGCCUAGUACAGAUGGAGUAUCUGGACAUGAUGUUGAAUGAAACUCUGAGAUUACAUCCAAUCGGUGGCAGACUUGAGAGGGUCUGUAAGAAAGAUGUGGAGAUCAGUGGUGUGUUCAUCCCCAAAGGGACAGUGGUGAUGGUGCCAGUGUUCACUCUUCACCGAGACCAGGAUCUCUGGCCAGAGCCUGAGGAGUUCCGUCCUGAAAGGUUCAGCAAGAAGAACAAGGACAGCAUAAAUCCUUACACAUACCUGCCUUUUGGAACUGGACCCCGAAACUGCAUUGGGAUGAGGUUUGCGACCACGAGCAUGAAACUUGCCCUUGUCAAAGUCCUGCAGAACUUCUCCUUCAAACCUUGUAAAGAAACACAGAUUCACCUGGAAAGGAGCACUCAAGGGGCUGUUAAACUGGAAAAACCCAUUGUUCUCAAGGUAGAGCCAAGAGAUUGGAGUGUAAACAAAGCCUGACUUUCCCUAAGGACUUCCCCUUUGUUCUUCAAGAUCCUGGAUCACCAGAGACUUCAAUUUACUUUGAAGGUGACAUUUUAACAGUCCAUCUGAAAUUUCCUGAUGGCCACUGGUGAGUCAUCUUCAGG